UUUUUGUUUUUUAUUUGCAUAAAAGCAGCCAAACUUCCAACAGUCCACGAAAAGAGGUUAAGCGUGUUUGCGCUAUGCCGAUAUCAUUUCUACGACGCUGCUUUUGCGGAAUGUGACUUUCUGGCUUAGUUCUGAAUUAAACUAGCCAUGGCGUCUGUCGAAGAGAGACUCAAGUUGAAACGAGGGAAAGUGGAUCCCUGGUCUACUAGAGAAAGACUGUGUCUAGCCUCUAGUGUUGUGAGAAGUGGUAAUCAAAAUUGGAUGUCAGUUAGUCGCAGUUUAAAAGGUUUUGGGGGUGAACCAGGACGUCCUGCAGAUUGGUUCUCUCAAAAGAGUUGUGCUGUUCAAUAUGACAAUCUCCUAACUCAGAUUGAAACUCCUAAACGGAAAAAGAGGGGUGCCGAUGGUUCUAAAGCAGAAGAUAUGACUCCUGCUGAAGUUAUUGUGAAGCAGCUCACUGCAGAAAGAAUUCUAGAGUUACGUAACAUGAUGGAUGAAACACGUGCAGUAUAUCUCAGAGACAAAGAAGAAAUGAAUGGAGUCCAAAAUGGGCUCGCAGAUGGCCAAUUAGAUGAUUUUUUCAUGCAAAUCCAACAAGAGAAGAAAUUGAAAGAAGCAGAACAAGAGGAGCAACAGAAACUGUUAAAGCAAAGAGAAGAGAGGAAACAAGAUAUGGAAAUUGGUUGGCGAUCUCCAACUGCUCAGCAGCAACUCCGUGGAGCUGCUGCUCGUAGGCCAAGUAAUCAAUCUGAGCUCGGAAGUGAAGCUGAUACUGUAGAGAGUCCAUCCAGUAGUGAGCAACCUCCUCCCAGUGAAGAAAUUGUUGAAUCAAAGCCAGCAUCCACUCCUACGUCACCUCUCCUUACUAGCUUGUUAGAAAGUCCAUCACCUGUCACUGGUCCCCAGUCAUCCUCCAUACUUCACUCAGCUAUCACAUCACAGCGUGGGGCUUCUCCCACAAUUACUAGCCUAUUGAAUUCCUCGCCUGGAGUUCCGAACUCAAGCGCCUCUAUACCAUUGUCUCCAAACCUCAAAUCUCUAGUUUCCAAUGCUUUGGCUGGACAUGAUGAUGUUCCCAAACCGCAGACAUCCAGAAGUGCAUCAAGCUCCCCCACCUUGUCCAUGUUGCUUGGGCUCCCUCCAUCCACCCCUGGAAAGCUCCCUCAGCUACCAUACAGUGCUGCCAAGGAGCCUGCCAGCACCCCCACUUCUAAACCAGGUGAUGAACAGGAUCAACCGACUGUAGAAAAUGGGUCUGAAGCAGAGGCCCUUAAACCCUCUGAGCAGUGCCAGUCAUCUGUAGAAUCAACGCUAGAAGUGCAAGGUCCUAUGUCCCCUGAGUGCCCAACAACUGUUCAGAAACUGACCUUAAUUAAUAAUGUAAAAUCAGCUCAAAUUGAACAAGUGAUAGAACCUCAGCAAGUAGAAGUAGCCCCUUUGCUUGAUUUUGAGAAUCCCAAAUCAAGUGAAAAUAAGCAAAUUUUAGAACAUCAACUAGAAAUUUCAUGUGAUAUUGAGGAAUCGAAAGUAGAUCAUAGUGCACAACAUGUUGAACCUCAACCAGCUCUGCUUGAAUUCAAGAAUCCCAAAGUAAAUCUAGUUCCACUUAACAAAGAACUAACACAAGUUAAAAUUCUGCCUGAAAUUAUGGAUGCUACUGUAGAUGAAAUUCAACCAAAUUGUAAUCCUCAGCUAGUAGAGUCCUUGGUCAACUUCGAAGAUCCUAAAUGCCCGAGUGCAGCCACAGUGGUUCUUACUGAGUCUAAAGUAGAUGAAAUUCAGUCAAGUAUAGAAUGUCCAACUGACCUAAAUCAAUGCCAGCCCACAAUGGACCUUUCAAAUGAGGAAGAUAGUAUGGAGACCAAGCAGUGUAGUGUAUCAUUGGUUGAAAAAGAGGAUUUAGACUGUAUCGUAACGAGCAGUCAGAUUGAAGACGAAAAGCCUGAGGCGGAGGAUGAAAAACCUGUAGAGCAGAGCAAUUCUGUUGAAGUAACAUCUGAAAUGGCUAUAACUAAGACCCCUGACCAUUGUGAUGUAAAUGAAACUAUUUCUCAGCAUCCUAAACAAACCAUAGAAUGUCUGUCUGAAGUUGGAACGACAGAGCAGAGUAAAGUAGAGGUUCCCAUUACUUUAGACCAAUGCCUCCAAACUGCAGAACAGCUGCCUAUGCCAGAGCAACUUGCAUCUCCCAAGCAGAGCCAACCCCCUCUGUCCACGGAAACUUCUCAAUCAGAAUGUACUAUUCUUCAAGUAACUUCUUAUGAGGCACAUCAACAAGGAGAUCCCUCCAUAGGAACACCCCCAGCACAAGAUAAAGAGCCUACUGAUACACAUGUAGAAACAGCCAGUCCAAGGGCAGUAGAUGCACUGAAAACAGAGUCUAUUCCUGAUAUAAAUAACAUGGAAAUUGUCUUACCUAUGGAUUCAGAAACUAAAGCACCAGAAGCUGGGAAUAAGGUUAACUUGGAUCCUGCUGAUCUUCCUCAGAUAUCACCCGAUGAAUUGGAGUAUGUUGUAGACUCUUCAAUCGAUGUGGUACUUCAAGAGUUUGGGCCAGAAGGUUUGGUGGAUGAAAUGGUUUAUAUUGUCAGUCAAGAUGUUGAAACUGACAUUGGUAAUAUGCUAGAUGCUGCAGAUACAAAUGAGGCUGCAGCCUCUGAUCAAAUGGAAAGCAAACUACAAUCUCACACUACUAAAGACCCCGAGGUAAAUUCUUCUCAAGAACACCUCCAAGAGAAACAUGAGAAUGAACCUGCCGCAGUUGUGGUACACUCUUCUCCAGUACGUCAGUCCUCUCAACAGACAAUAUCCACCCCAUCAUCUGUUAUUGCCUCUCCACGUAGUGUUGGUCGACCUGCCAAAGGAAACAUGGGUCCUCGGAAAAUUGUUAUGGAGGAAGAUGAUUUGGCUAAAUCUGAUGUGCCUAGCGAGGGGGAUCUUCAACAGGCAACUGAAGACUCAGAGGCCUUGUCUCGAGAGACUUUAGAUUUAGAAAAUGCUAGUGUUCUCUUUGUACAGGACAAUGGUGAAUUAGUCAAACUUAGUGAAAGUGGGCAAGCCACAAGCAUCAUUGACAAUAUUCAUGUAAUUCAGGAUCCAUCCAGCAGUAGUGUGGUUGUAGUCCCUCAUGAUGAUGGUCUUAAAGACUCUGAAGCAGACAGCAAUCAGUCAUCAAAAUCUGCCACAGAGGAAAGUAGUGAUGACAAUGUUGAUGAACAAAGGAACUCUUGUGUGUCUCCUCAAAAGAUUGAUGAGCAGCCACAAAUUAAAUCACCUUCCAGUAACCUUCAAAAGUCAAGUGAAAAGAAUGAUCCAAAAGAGUUAGCUUCUGUUAAAAUGAUUGAUGAGAACAAGUCCGAUCACAAUGCAACUCCAGACUUGCCUGAUAUUCCAACUGAUACAGACCAAGAAGUUGAGUCGUCACAACCAGAGAAAGAAAGUAGUACUAUUGAACUAAAUGAACAGGAUGACAAACUGAGUGAAAUAGCCGAAGAUGUACAAGAAGAUGAAGUUAUGAAGAAAGAUGAACCUUUGUCACCAAGGGAAGGACUUAAGAAGCAACGCAUUUCAUCUCCACCUUUGUCUCCAAAGGAAGGACUCAAGAUGCAGAAAGUUUCAUCUCCUCCACUAUCUCCAAGGGAAGGGCUUAAAAAACAAAAAACGUCAUCUCCUGCAAAGAGAGAGAAAUCUCCUAUCACUAGUGAAAGUUCAAAUGAAUUAAUUUCAGAAGAGGACACUACUAAACAGAAUACUCUAGUUACAUCAAAGAAAGAUGACAAUCAGGCAAAGGUGGAAGCUAAAGAGGCUGAGGAGACAGUGGAUGUUCAAGUGGAGGAUGAUGAUACCAGGCACGCGGAUAGUGAAGUACCUGCAGUUCAAAUCAAAGAAGAGAAACCUGUGAGAGCAGAAACUCCAUCUACCGAAGAUGAUAACACUAGAGAUACAGAACCUGCUCCACCACCAGUUAAAAGAGGACGAGGACGGUAUACUCGUGAGAGCACUAAUAACUCUGACUCUGUUCCCAACAGUCCUGUUCCCACUGGUGCAAGUCAUGAUGACGAGAAAGAACAUAGAGCAUGGAAGAAGUCUAUUAUGUUAGUCUACAACCGUAUUGCUGCUCAUAAAAAUGCAUCAAUCUUUUUAAGACCAAUCACUGAUGACAAAGCUCCAGGAUAUAGUUCUAUGAUUUUUAGACGGUUUGACCUUCAAACAAUCAAAAAGAAUAUAGAAACUGGAGCAAUACGCACUACAGAUGAAUUUCAGAGAGAUAUUUUACUCAUGUUUUAUAAUGCAAUUAUGUACAACAUAAAAGGAUCUCCUCUAUAUGAUAUGGCCAAGGAAAUGCAAGAGGAAUCUGUUACCCAUUUGAAUGAGUAUAGAAACACACAGUUAUAUGUUUCAACUGUGGGGGCUGAGGGUGGGCAGCUGCCAUCACGAAGAGGAACACGUACUGCAGAGAAAAGAGAUCAAGAUUCUGAAGGUUUCAGUACUCGGAGAGGACUUGCAGACAAAGCAAAUACAUCUAGGGGAGGAGUUUUUAGCUCAAACCUAUUAGGAAAGAGGAAAAGAUCUAUGCCUGAUGAUCGAGUUACACCCAAAAGAAGAAAGGAUGAUGAUUAGAAACAAUUAGCAAUUUAUGUCUUGUACUUUUAUCUAUCCUUUUAACAAUAACUGAUACCUAGCAGUAAAUUUUUAAAAGUUUGACUUUUUUUCUCUUUUUGUGUACACUUUGUCUAUAAGAAUCACAUAUUGUAAAAAUUAAUUUUAGUUAUUGUUUCUUUUGUAAUGGACCUGUUAAUUUUUCAUUUCUUCUUCUUUUGCCUUGUCUUUCCAAGAUUCUUUUUGGUGGGCAGACAGUUUUGUGUCGAACAGUCAACCAUAGCUCCGAAAUUAUUAUGUCCUCUGAAAUUGUUUUUCAAGUUUGAAUAAAGACAAAAUUAUAUAGAG